AGAUACUUUUAUUUUGGAAUUUGCUCACCGGAAGUUAUUGCGUCCAUUCUUCAACCUGCUCCAGUAACUGUACACCAGCCGGGUUUAGCUAGUUAAGUUAGCCGAAACAAGUGUCUGAAACCGCCCUGUCCUUAAAAUGUCUCACCCAGUACCGUCUGACAAUCCUUCAAACCCCGAAAACCCUCGUGUCUUCCUCGACGUAGACGUUGGAGGAGAAAGAGCUGGCCGAAUAGUUCUGGAGCUGUUUGCUGAUAUCACUCCCAAAACUGCAGAAAACUUCCGGGCACUCUGCACUGGAGAGAAAGGCACUGGGAAAUCAACUGGGAAACCGCUGCACUUCAAAGGAUGCCCUUUCCACAGAAUCAUCAAGAAGUUCAUGAUCCAAGGAGGUGACUUCUCCAACCAUAAUGGCACCGGGGGCGAGAGCAUCUACGGGGAGAAGUUUGAGGAUGAAAACUUCCACUACAAGCAUGACAAAGUGGGUCUGCUAAGCAUGGCGAAUGCCGGGCCAAACACCAACGGCUCACAGUUCUUCAUAACUACCGUGCCCACUCCGCACUUAGACGGCAAGCAUGUAGUCUUCGGACAAGUGUUAAAAGGAAUGGGAAUCGUAAAAAUGCUGGAGUCUAUUGAGACUAACGAGGACGUUCCUGUUAAGCCAUGUGCCAUAGCAGACUGUGGUGAGCAUAAGGAUGGGGACAGCUGGGGCACUGGACCAAGCGAUGGAUCAGGGGACACGCACCCUGACUUCCCCGAGGACUCCGACGUCGACUUUAAAGAUGUUGACAAAGUUCUGUCUGUUGCUGAGGAUGUGAAGAACAUUGGAAACAGUCUUUUUAAGAAUCAAGACUGGAAAGCUGCUGUCAACAAAUAUAGCAAAGCCCUCAGGUACUUGGAGGUGAGUGGAGAGCUGCUGGACGAGGCGGCGCAGCAGAAGCUGGAGCCCACCGCCCUCAGCUGCUUCCUCAACACGGCUGCUUGUAAUCUGAAACUGCAGCUGUGGCAGGAUGCUCUGGACAGCUGCAAUGAGGCUCUGGAGCUGGACCAAGCCAAUACUAAGGCACUUUUCCGGAGGGCCCAGGCCUGGCAGGGGUUAAAGGAAAACAGCAAAGCCAUGAUUGAUCUGAAGAAAGCUCAGGGAAUAGCUCCAGAAGACAAAGCUAUCAGCAAUGAGAUGAAGAGGGUUCAUCUCAAAAUCCAGGAGGAGAAGGAGAAAGAAAAGAAAAUCUAUGCCAAAAUGUUUGCGUGAACAUGUCACCUAAUGAUGCAAUGAGUUUGUUUGUAACGUUUGUCAAUAUUUUAAGUCAUCUCCACGUGGGAAGCUGCACUCAUAAGGAGUCUGUAACCAGGUGAAAAUAUACAGUAUGAUUUGAUGUUUUCAAGCGGCACAUUUCUCACCAUCAGUGUUUUAAGGGAAUAACUGUUGUAAGCUUUGGCCUGUCUUAAUUCUGACAAGUGUCUUCACUGUAAUGAAUAGUUUAAGUGUUAGUCUGAUGCACGGCCGACUCCACUGCUCUGAAAAACUGGGUUAACACUGGCCCUUGUUCUAGGGGUUUGAAGUAGUUCAGCAAAGUUGUGUAUGUUUAUAUCGUUUCAUGGUAGGGAUUUUGAUACCGUGCCCCUAGCCACAUACAUCCAUCUAUUUUUUAUUUUGUUUUUUUUACAGAGGU